GCAGCUCGAAGUCGCGCGAGAGCUGGCGCGACCUCGCGAAGAACGGCGGGAGCGCGGGAGGUAUGGCGUCCCUGCCGCAGUCCUGGAGUCGGCUGGAUAGACGACAAGAGCGCGACGUGCGCGAGCUCGUUCGCCUUGUGGCGGGCGUCCAGGACGAAGCGGACCCCAACUUCCAGCUCGCGUUGCACUUCGCCUGGUCCAACUUCAGAUUUCAUCGUUUCUUAGACGUCAAUAGCCACAAAGUAGAAAAGACAAUAGAAGGGAUCUACGAAAAAUUCAUCAUUCAUUCCGAUCUCAGCAAAGCUGCUAGUUGGAAGAGAUUAACUGAAGAAUUUCUAAAUGCAUCACUUCCAAGCAUAAAGGAACUCAAGACAGAUGUACAUUAUUCCAUACUAUCACUUCUUCUGUCUCUGUCUGAUUCUCCUUCGAACAGCAAUUAUGUGGAAACACCAAGAGAUAAAGAAAUGGAAAAGAAGGAUGAUUUUGACUGGGGAAAAUACUUGAUGGAAGGUGAAGAAAUUGACCUUGGCCCAGAUGUACACACACCGAAUUGGUCUGAAGAAAGUGAAGAUGAAAAUGAUCAACAGUCCUUAAGCAGAGAGGACUCUGGGAUUCAGGUGGACAGGACACCGUUAGAAGAACAAGAUCAAAACAGAAAACUGGGGCCUCGAGUCAUCUGGAAAGAUGAGCCAGAUGCCCGAAGCUGGUUGGAACAGCAUGUAGUUCAUCAGUACUGGACAGUCAGGUCCUCAAGAUUUCCUCAUAGUUUACAUUUGCAUUCCAAUCUAGCUACUGUCUGGGACCAACAUUUGUACAGCAGUGACCCGUUAUAUGUUCCAGAUGACAGAGUUUUUGUUACUGAAACACAGGUUAUUCGGGAAACCCUAUGGUUACUUUCAGGGGUAAAAAAGCUCUUUAUAUUUCAGUUGAUUGAUGGAAAAGUAACUGUAAGGAACAAUAUUAUAGUAACUCAUUUGACACAUAGCUGUUUACAGUCAGUACUGGAGCAGAUCGCGGCAUAUGGCCAGGUUGUGUUUCGACUCCAGGAAUUCAUUGAUGAAGUCAUGGGGCACAGUUCUGAAAGCAUGUUACCUGGAAAUGGUUCUGUUCCUAAGAAGUCAACAGAAGCGCCUUUUAGAACAUACCAGGCUUUCAUGUGGGCCUUAUACAAAUACUUCAUUAAUUUCAAAGAGGAACUUGCAGAAAUUGAGAAGUGCAUCAUCAAUAACGAUACUACAAUAACUCUUGCAAUAGUGGUGGACAAGUUGUCACCUCGACUGGCUCAACUCAAAGUUCUGCACAAAGUGUUUAGUACUGGAGUUGCAGAAGUUCCACCUGACACUCGAAAUGUUGUCCGAGCAUCUCAUCUGCUCAACACCCUGUACAAAGCCAUUCUUGAAUACGACAAUGUUGGCGAAGCCUCUGAGCAAACUGUCUCAUUGCUGUUCUCCCUCUGGGUGGAGACCGUGCGGCCCUACCUGCAGACUGUGGAUGAGUGGAUCGUGCAUGGGCACCUCUGCGACUCUGCCAGGGAGUUCAUCAUCCAGAGAAACAAAAAUGUUCCAGUCAAUCACAGAGACUUCUGGUAUGCAACCUACACACUGUACAGUGUAUCUGAAAAGACAGAAAAUGAAGAAAAGAUGAGUGAUAAUGCUAGUGCCAGUUCUGGCAGUGAUCAAGGGCUCUCCAGCAGGCAGCACACCAUGGUGUCCUUCCUGAAACCCGUCCUCAAGCAGAUCAUAAUGGCUGGCAAGUCCAUGCAGCUGCUGAAGAACCUGCAGUGUGCAGAGAGCACCACACGCCAGGCCACAGCCAGAGAUGCAGAAAGAAAAAGUCUGUAUACCCUCUUUUUGGAGUCUGUACAGUCUCGUCUUCGACACGGAGAAGCCUUCACUGCACAGGCCCUCACUGAGCAUCAGGCCACCAGAGAGACCCUGAUAAAGAUGCAGUCCAUCGCCGAGCGGCAUCUCGAGCUGGAUGACGUUCACGAUCCGCUGCUGGCAAUUAAUUUUGCAAGGUUGUAUUUGGAACAGAGUGACUUUCAUGAGAAGUUUGCUGGUGGAGACGUAUGUGUGGAUAGAUCAUCAGAAUCUGUGACUUGCCAGACCUUUGAAUUAACGCUGAGAUCUUGCCUCUAUCCCCAUAUUGAGAAGCAAUAUCUAGAUUGCUGUGGAAACCUCAUGCGGACUCUGAAAAAAGAUUAUAGGUUGGUGGAAUACUUGCAGGCCAUGAGGAAUUUCUUCUUAAUGGAAGGGGGAGAUACCAUGUAUGACUUCUACACAUCAAUUUUUGAUAAAAUAAGGGAAAAGGAAACCUGGCAGAAUGUGUCUUUUCUUAAUGUCCAGCUCCAAGAAGCAGUAGGACAGCGUUAUCCUGAAGACAGUUCACGUCUGUCUAUAUCUUUUGAGAAUGUUGACACAGCUAAGAAGAAACUCCCUGUCCAUAUCUUAGAUGGUCUGACCCUGAGCUAUAAGGUCCCAUGGCCUGUGGACAUUGUUAUAAGUUUGGAAUGUCAAAAAAUUUAUAAUCAGGUGUUCCUUCUCUUACUGCAAAUAAAAUGGGCAAAAUAUAGCCUGGAUGUUUUAUUAUUUGGUGAACUAGCCAAUCCUGCUGACAAAUCACAACUUAAAGAAGGACUUUUAGGUGACCCAGACACAGCUGCUCAUUUUGGCCCACAGAAGGAGCCAGUAAGACUGCAGAUUCAUCGUAUGUUCCUCUUAAGAGUGAAGCUCAUGCACUUUGUGAACAGCUUACACAACUACAUCAUGACCAGGAUUCUUCACAGUACAGGGCUGGAGUUUCAGCAUCAAGUCGAAGAAGCUAAGGAUUUAGAUCAGUUGAUUAAAAUUCACUAUAGAUACCUAUCAACCAUCCAUGAUCGAUGUCUGCUGAGAGAAAAGGUCAGCUUUGUGAAGGAAGCCAUCAUGAAGGUGUUGAACCUGGCGCUCAUGUUUGCAGAGGGCUGGCAGGCUGGCCUGGGGGCAUGGCAGAUGGAAUCUAUAGAGAAAAUGGAGUCUGAUUUUAAAAACUGCCAUAUGUUCCUUGUAACCAUUUUAAACAAAGCUGUCUGUAGAGGAUCCUUUCCGCAUUGUGAGUAUUACGUGAAAACAUUACUGCUUUUAUAUUUUCUGGUAACUCGGUCUGUUACUGUUGUGUUACUGGUCUCAUGGAGAUUUAGAAUUUUUCACUACUUCAAACCUGGAAAGUCCCUCAGCAGUGGAUGCCCAAGUAAGUGGGGUGAGUGAAUCAGAUAUAAAAUAUUGAGACUGAAGAUACUGCUUUCUAGUAUAUCAUGUGUAACACCAAUGGAUUUCUAAAACCGUAAGUAAAGCCGAUGGCAGAAUAGGUUUCAGUCACAUUUCACUAUCAUGCAUAGCUUUUGUAACCAUUCCUUUCAAAAGAUAGGGUUUGGAGGUCGGUUUGCUUUGUUUUAUUUGUUUGUUUUUUAAGCAAUUUUAAAACUCCCAAGUCUGCCUCUUACACAAAGAAAUGCAAGCCUGACAGUUCAAAAUAGCGUGAAGCAAACAGAGGUCUGUGUGGCAAGUCACAGGAACAAGAGAGCUGUGUGUUUAUACACACAAAGGACAAAGUAGUAUUUCUUGCACAGCUUUUUUGGAAAAAGUAUGCUGGGCUUAUUUUUUCCCUAUUUCUGUAUAUUCAGAUUGUGGUAUGCUCAUUAAGAGUAGGUGAACAUUUUUAAAAACACUAUUAGAGUUAACAAGAGAGAACACUGGGAAUAAACAAAAACGUAUCAUCAAAAAGUUAUUAAUACAAGGACAUCUAAGUAAAUUAAGUUCUAGUAUGAGCUGAGCCUUUCAGUGCUAACCUGCUAUACCCACAGAGCAGGUAGGUGGGGCGGUGACUGACUGGAGGCACAUAGACUCUGCCAGAAUAGAGAAACCCAUUGUUGGUGUAGCAGACUGGAGUCCUAGAUGCCCCCACAGAGAGCCAGUCUUCCCCACUCCCAGCCUGCCCUGAGGACUCUAUGUAAGCAGUGAUGUGGAAGCUGGGGGCCAGCAGGGCUGGAAGACAGUUCUCCUCUCACAGAUCCCUAAUUUCCUGUGUUGAGUUGACUCUUCUGCAGUGAAAAGAGGCUUUCAUCUAUUAUGCAGGUAUAUAAAAACUAAUGUUGUAAACCCCUACUGCCUCCUCUUAGCCUCCCCCAUUUAUACCUGUGGCCAAAAAAAAGUACUGUGUUAAAAAUGUGUUAAAGGAAACAGAUUCCAUUCAUAGCUUAGAACGUGGUGUUCUGUUAUGAAGUGAGUCCAGGUUUUAUGACAUUUCAAAAAAUAUGAUUUGUUCAGUGUAAAGCCCAGAUGUUUUUUUUGUUUUCAAAACUAAAAUGUUAUGAAAUAGAAGUAAAUCAUAGUUUGUAAAUUUGCAUUUAAUAAAUGAAGAUUAUUGUCCAGUAUAUGUUAAAAAUAAUUAGUAUUUUUGUUAAAAAUAGAAAAUGUCUAAUACUUUUUGAGACAUUGAUUAAAGCUUAUUCAGCCAUUGUCAUUUAAACCUAUCUUUUUAACCUAUUUUUAUUCUUCCCACAGUGGAAUCUCUAGCACUAUCACUCAUGGCUGGCAUGGAACAAAGUUAAAUAUCUUCAGCAUAGUAAAUACCUCAGAUUUAAUCUUUAUACAUAUACAUUUCCACCAUAUGGAGCUAAGAAAUGGGACUCUUAUUUUGGUUUAU